AUGGGCCGUACGAGAUCCUCGUCACCACCUCCACGAACAGGGAGCCGUGGUCAGACUCAGGAGUUUCAGGAUCAGCCAGAAUCAAGCAAACAAAGUGCCAAACGUCAUCAUCGAGCCUGUAAAUACUGCAGGGAGCAUCGUAUCAAAUGCGUACCGGUUCCAGGUGAGGAACGAUGUAAGAAAUGCAUUGAUCAUAACAAGCACUGUGACAAGCUGUCCGCCGCGCCAAAGGACGAUCGUCCACGACGUCGGACGUUGUUUCGAGGCGCAGCAAAAGGAGCCUCUUCAUUAUCUCAAUCUCAAGGAUACGAGCCUAGAUAUCUAGGCAGCUCGAGUCUCUCAAUACUGGUAUGGAAGUAUGUCCCGCAAACAACCGAGAUCAUCGAUAAAUUGCGAGGUAUAGAUGAUCGAUAUGACCUCCAUCGAGGGUCCAUAGGUGGCCUCGAACAAAACGGUCUACUUAUCGGACAAGGUGAAUCCCCUAAUGUCAAGAAUGAAAGACCUACACUGGUAUCCGUAAGCAUGGUACAAGCCAGAUUGAUACAGGAGGUGGGAGCGGAGACUGUCCUCAUAAGCUUAUACGAAACAUGUCGUGAUCGAAUUAUACCGCUUUUCCCCGUCAUUUCGGUGUCUGAGAGUCUCCUGGCGGACAAAGCCAGUGCAGCUCAUGUAGACAAAUAUGCUGCUGUGGAUCCACGAUCGACCCCACCUACCCCACUUCCACUCAUAGUGAGGAUGAUACACUGCGCCGUCGCGGCACAAUCCCGGGAUGUGCCAGAAUAUAUACGGAAAAGUCUCACUUCAUCUCUUCACAGUUUGAUGAUGGGACCUGAAAUGCAGAAGUUGGCAAACACAAGGUGUCUAGGGAGUAUACAGGUGUUACUCCUACUAAGCAUGUGUGAAGAUCUGAACAGCCCAGAUGCAGGGGAUGCAAGUGAGAAUGUAUGGCAGAAUGUCGGUACAGCCGCGAGAAUGGGGACCGCUUUGGCAUUACACCGGAAUAUAGCUACGAGCCAUGUACCCUACUUCCAGCUAAACAGGAGAUUGAGAGUAUGGGGUGCGUGUAUCAGUAUGGACAGGUGGACCGCCAUCCGUAUGGGUCGUACUUUUGCCAUUGAUCUAGCAGAAUGCGAUGCACCUCUACCUAGACACUAUGCCGAUGGUAUACGAGACGGUGAUUUGACCAGCAAGACCGAACCGAUCUUCCCUUGCUUCCGAUUCCUCACGGAAUUCACCUCUCUCAGUAUACUGCUUGGCCGGGCUCACCGCUUGAUUGACAGUCCAACGGGACUACAAGCUGCGGACGAUCUGAAUCUCCUGAUGCUUCAGGUGGACAUCGACAACUGGCUAGCACAGUUACCCCAAAGCUGGCCAUAUUCAAUCAAGCUUGUACUCCGUCAAGGCCCGCUACUGAUGAAUCUGUUCAUCGUUGUACUGGAGUUUACGUUCCAACGAAGCUUUCUGUGGCCAUCGACAUCCGUACCAUCUCAGAUAUCUUUCAGGCCAUCCAGAGAUCGAUGGAUCAGCCUAUGCCAACGAGCAGAACAAGCUGUCUACUGGCUGAAUUCGCCCGAUGGAGCGUAUUACCUAGACGUCUGGUCCAUUACCGUCUACGCUGCUUUCUGCUGUGUGAUAAUACACCUUAAAGCGUACGAGGAGUCUAAAGAUCCCCAUCAUCAGUGGUUGUUGGACAUGUCAAAUACCAUAAUCCAGCAAUGGGCAGAUCAACAACCUGAUAAUCCCGUUCGAAGACGCUUAGCCUCGAUGUCAGAUCUAAUGACGUUUAUCAACAAGCACACCAAUGUACCCAGUACAAGCACCGCUUCUAACAGUAAAGUUUUGGCUGGUAUACCACUCAUACCUGGAGGAGCGUACCAGCAAUCUCAAUCACACGUCGAUGUGAACGAUCUAUUUAAUAACCAUCCUUCGGCUUCUUCUGCGGGUGGAACUUCCUCGUAUGGAUUCGAUCAAUACAGCUUCAAUAGUUUAGGAACUGAUUUCGGUGGUAGUUUGGGUAGAACAGGGGCAGGAACCAAUCCAAUCGAAAUGUACAAUCAACUUACAUUCCUCGAACAGAUGGGCUUGGCGGAGUUUGGAUUUGGGCCAUAG